AUGGGCUUCAUUCCGCCACACGUGCUCAAAGCCAAGGCCGCGAGCCAGAACGUCUCUGCUGAAGAGCGGGAGGCGUCAAGAAGGACGAUGGAGAUUGAUGCUGCUAGGCAGGCGCAGAGGGAGGGUGGAGAGAAGGGGAAGGCGAGUGGUGGUGGGAGUUCGACGGAGGGGAAGGACGAGCAAAAGAAGGGUGGGGAUGGGGAGAAGAAGUAA